AUGGAGCGCCAUACUACUCUCGUCGUGGCAGUUGACGAUGAAGUGCUGAAAGUAAAGCGACAAGCUAUGGUGUUAACCAAGGUGCCUUCUAGGGGCUUGAAAGAUGGACUUAAUGAAGGAUGUUUCACUUCCUCAUUCCAUAUCACAGCUUCUUGUAAUGAAGUCCAAGAAGAGGAGGAUGUUGAAGAUGCUCCACAAGAAUUGGAAGAAGACGUGAAGUCCACCGUUGACGAUUUAAAAGAGAUCAACCUCGGGACUGAAGGUGACCCACGACCAGCCUACAUAAGUGCCUCGCUCACUCCUCGAGAAGAAAUUGCUUACAUUGAACUCCUACGAGAGUAUAAAGACGUCUUUGCUUGGAAUUACACGGAAAUGCCAGGGUUAGACCCAAGAGUCGUUGUUCACCAUCUUGCAGUGAAACACGUCAAGUAUCCCACCUGGAUUUCAAGCAUCGUCCCAGUAAAGAAGAAGAAUGGGAAAAUCCGAGUUUGUGUUGACUUUCGUGAUUUGAACAAUGCUUGUCCGAAUGAUGACUUUCCACUUCCUAUACCUGAGCUCAUGGUCGAUGCUACUACUGGACAUGAGGUUUUGUCAUUCAUGGAUGGUUCGUCUGGCUACAAUCAAAUCUGCAUGGCUCCGCGAGAUGAAGAGUUCACAGCUUUUCGCACACCUAAAGGCAUCUACUGUUACAAAGUUAUGCCUUUCGGCUUGAAAAAUGCGGGUGCCACAUACCAAAGAGCAAUGCAAAAGAUUUUCGAUGAUGUACUUCACAAAUAUGUAGAGUGUUAUGUCGAUGACUUAGUCAUGAAGACAAAGAGACGAGCCGAACAUCUUCAUGAUCUAAGACAAGUGUUUGAACAGUUACGAAGGUACCAACUUAGGAUGAAUCCCUUAAAAUGCGCUUUUGGGGUUACGUCUGGAAAGUUUCUUGGUUUCAUUGUGUGCCACCGCGGCAUAGAAAUUGAACAAGCUAAAAUUGACGCUAUCGAGAAAAUGCCUGAACCUCAGAAUAUUCAUGAGCUGAAGAGUCUUCAAGGACGAUUGGCUUACCUUCGUCGUUUUAUAUCAAAUUUGGCUGGUCGAUGUCAACCAUUCAAUCACCUCAUGAAGAAAGGGACCCCGUUUGAAUGGGAUGAAGCAUGCAACAAUGCUUUCAAAAGUAUCAAAUCCUAUCUAACGAGCCCUCCAGUUCUCACUGCCCCUGUACCUGGACGACCACUAAUCUUGUACAUUGCUGCGCAAGAGUGUUCUGUUGGAGCAUUUCUCGCUCAAGAGAAUGAUGAAGGGAAAGAGAAUGCCUUGUAUUACUUGAGCAGAAUGAUGCUGCCACAUGAGUUGAACUAUUCUGUGAUUGAGAAGAUGUGUCUCGCCCUUGUCUUUGCAAUCAAAAAGAUGCAGCACUAUUUUCAAGCUCACACAGUGCAUCUCAUCUCCAAGGCUAAUCCCAUCAAAUACGUCAUGUCAAAGCCAGUCCUCUCUGAUCGAUUGGCAAGGUGGUCACUCAUUUUUCAACAAUACGAGAUCAUCUACGUGCCUCAAAAAGCCGUUAAAGGGCAGGCUCUAGUUGACUUCUUAGCAGACCAUCCUAUACCAGCCGUGUGGAAGUUGUCCGAAGAAUUGCCAGAUGAGGAUGUCAUGGUAGUCGAAGUUCAUCCCCCAUGGACAAUGUACUUUAAUGGCGCGUCUCAUCGAAGUGGAGCAGGCGCUGGUGUGGUAUUUAUUUCCCCAGAAGGAGAUGUCUUGCCAUAUGCUUUCACUCUCACACAAAAUUGUUCAAAUAACGAGGCUGAGUACCAAGCUCUCAUUCUUGGGCUGGAGAUGGCGGUUGAAGUAAAGCAUUUACAACUCAAGCUUCUUGACAUCUAUGAAGUGAGGAAGCUUGAACUUGUGCCUUUCAAUAACUACGCACAUCGCUUGAUUGCAUGGCUUGGUGAUGUCACCCUAGAGCAUGUGCUGCGAGGAGAGAAUAGGCAAGUAGACGCACUUGCAAAGCUUGCUUCUAUGCUUGCUUUACCUGACCAAGAGACGCACGUUCCAAUAUGCCGAAGUUGGGUCAUACCGCCAAUCUUUGACGAUGAAGACAAUGGUGAAAGGGAAGUGAACGUCGUCUCAGUUUUGGAAAUUGAAACUGAGGAUUGGCGCCAACCAUUCAUUGAUUAUCUACAACAUGGAAAAUUGUCUGAUGAUCCACCUAAAAGAACGGAUGUGAAGCGUCGCGCCCCUAGAUUCAUCUACUAUAAGGACACACUUUACCGUUGA